AUGUUUAACUCCGAUGCUAUGUCCAUUACUGGGGACACUCAAGAUAUACAGAGGAUACAAUCCAUACAAAAAACCGUACCAACCCAGGCCACGCAGGCCAUGCAGGCCACGCAGGCCAUCCCUGUCAUUCAGGACAUCCAGGCUACACGGGGAGUUAACCAGGCUGCCAUGGUGGAUUCAACACAGCCAAUCAACAUCAGUUUCUCUAGAAAUAGUAGUAUCUACCAGAAUCCCCGUGUUCGCCGUGAAAGUAUAGCACAUUCGCAGGGAAUGGGUGGUGUUUCCUGGGGAUCUGUUACUAUUGGCUCCUGGUUAAAGGACGAGGUGAUGUUAUUCGCCCAGCAGCAUGCACAGGAGCGUGCUGAGAGGGCUGAGAGAACCGAGAGGACCGAAAGGGCUGAACGAGCUGAAAGGGCUGAUCACGUGCACGAGAGUGGCCCUAGCGGGAUCAACGUCAACGUCAACGGCAGCAGCGGUCCCGUACCUGCUGGCGUCGCUGGUGUCGCGGGUGUCGCUGCUGCUACGGGUGCUACGAGUGCUACGGGUGCCACGGGUGCCGGGGCCAGUUUCAUUCCCCUGAUGGAUAAUCCGUUCCCGAGAAACGACUCCAUUGGAAUGAUCGCGUCGCCAAACAACUCGUCGUACUUGGCAGAUCUCGAGGCCAACUAUUGCAAGGAUUACAGCUGUUGUGGACAGCUGUUGCCUACUUUACAUGACCUUCUCAGACAUUAUGAAGAGAUGCACAUUCAGCAGGAACCCACCGUGGAAGCUCCACGUGCUCGGCCUUUGAAUGGAAAUGGGCUGGAUGCUGUUUCAACGAAUGAGGUGUUCUUAAACCAGGAGCAGGCUCAGACACAGGCUCAGCAGGCUCAUGCGCAGCAGGUUCAGCAGGUACAGCAGGCGCAACAAGCGCAACAAGCACAGAAUCAACAGGGUCAAACGCAAACUCAAGCACAAGCACAAACUCAGAGCCAAAGCCAAAGUCAGCAGCCAAGCGUAUCGAAGUUUGGACCACUUUCACAGUCGUUUCUGGAUGGUUCACAGAUGCAAAUUGAUGAAUUUUCGUUUGAUCAACAAGGAGGUAGUACAAAUACAGGACUUGAUGAACAAUUCCAGUUUCAGGAUCAACAGGGAGGUGCAACUUCGUUGUUUAAUGCUCCAUUUCCAAUGGAUGAGCAAUCCAGCAACGGAGCGGUCAGUUCGAAUGCCCAGAAUUCUAUUCAGAUGCAGUUUCAGGGUCGGCAAGGGGUUGCCAGAGACGAUUCUUUUACUGGGAAGAACUACUUUUCUCAGCAGCAACAACAACAACAGCAGCAGCAGCAGCAGCAACAACAACAAUUACAGCAACUUCAGGCGCAGAUACAGCCACAGCAAUCAUCAGACCACGUUAAUCAACAUUCCACACAUCACAAUGGCCGUCAUAAUGCACAGAUCUCACAGUCUCAGGGUUCACAAUCACCCCAAUCAGUCUCAUCGCAACACCACAAGACACACAGACAUCGCGUGGCGAAUAACCAAUUCUCGCCUCAAGAUGAAGAGAUGGAGGAUGAUGUUUGUAUAGAUGAUCCAGCACGGAAAUUAUACGUUUCAGAAAGGAACGAAGAUAGACCAUUCAAAUGUCCAGUGAUAGGAUGCGAUAAGAAUUACAAGAACCAGAACGGUCUUAAGUACCACAGGCUUCAUGGGCAUCAGAACCAGAAGCUUCGAGCCAAUCCAGAUGGUAGUUACUCGGUGAUUGAUCCCAAAUCAAACGCCCCGUAUCCAGAAGGAGCCGAGUUUGAUAAGGAUAAACCAUAUAGGUGUGAGGUGUGUGGUAAGAGAUACAAGAAUUUGAAUGGAUUGAAGUAUCAUAGAGGACAUACGACUCAUUAG